AAAGUCAACGGGCUUUCCAAGGUUUCAGCAAGCUCACAGAUAUUUGAUCUGGAUGGGAAAAAAAACGACCGUUGCAGAGUACUACAAAUCUCGGGAAUAUAAUUUAAAGUUUCCAAACCUUCUAUGCUUGCAUGUUGGUCCGCCGUUGAAAUACAUUUAUUUGCCUAUCGAACUAUGUCGCAUUGAGGAUGGUCAGCCCCUGAAUCGCAAGGAUUCUGCAAAUCAGGUGGCGGCCAUGAUUAGGUAUGCUGCCACAUCCACCAACGAGAGGAAGGCCAAGAUCAUCCACUUGCUUGAAUAUUUCAAGCACAAUUUAGAUCCGACCAUCAGUCGCUUUGGUAUUCGCCUGGACAACGACUUCAUUGUGGUUCAUACACGUACCCUCAAUGCACCUCAGGUGGAGUACAAAAACAAUUCGACUUCGGUGAGGAACGGUUCGUGGCGCAUGGAUCGCAUGCAAUUCCUUGAUCCCAAGCCGAAGCCACACAAAUGGGCCAUACUUUACGGUAAGAUGCAGUACAAUCAGGUGGCCGAUUUUCAAGAAAUGGUUAUUCGUCAGAGUCGCAUCGUCAAUGUUUGCCUUGAUGCAAAGGCCGAGAUUCGGAUGUACAAGGAUGAACGUGACCUAGAUGCUCAUUUCCAGGAUUUCAAACGAAAUCAAUAUGAUUUGGUGUUCGUUAUUAUACCGAAUUUCGGGGCCUUCUAUGAUACCGUGAAGCAAAAGGCUGAGCUGCAGUAUGGCAUUCUCACACAAUGCAUCAAGCAGAUCACAGUCGAACGUAAAUUGAACACGCAGUGUAUUGGCAACGUUCUACUUAAGGUCAAUUCAAAGCUGAACGGCAUCAAUCACAAGCUAAAGGACGAUCCUCGCACUGUGAUAAAGAAUGCUAUGUUUUUGGGCGCCGAUGUGACUCAUCCAUCGCCCGAUCAGCGAGAAAUCCCCAGUGUUGUGGGAGUGGCCGCCUCCCAUGAUCCAUAUGGGGCUUCAUAUAAUAUGCAAUAUCGCUUGCAACGCUGCCUGGAGGAGAUCGAGGACAUGGAGUCGAUAACCCUUGAGCACUUGCGUGUUUAUCAUCAGUUCCGGAAAUGUUAUCCCGAGCACAUUGUCUAUUAUCGUGAUGGUGUCAGCGAUGGUCAGUUCCCCAAGAUCAGAAAUGAAGAGCUGAGGGGUAUUUCUGCGGCCUGCUGCAAGAUGCACAUUAAGCCCAAGAUUUGCUGCGUGAUUGUGGUUAAACGGCAUCAUACCCGCUUCUUUCCAAACGGAGGUCCUUCGCAAUUUAACAAGUUUAACAAUGUUGAUCCAGGAACCGUCGUCGAUCGAACCAUUGUCCAUCCCAAUGAGAUGCAGUUCUUUAUGGUCAGCCAUCAGUCCAUUCAGGGGACGGCCAAGCCGACGCGUUACAAUGUAAUUGAGAAUACUGGCAACUUAGAUAUUGAUCUACUGCAGCAAUUGACAUACAAUCUUUGUCACAUGUUUCCACGAUGCAACCGCGCAGUGUCUUAUCCGGCUCCGGCAUAUUUGGCUCAUUUGGCUGCGGCACGUGGCCGUGUCUAUCUGACUGGCGCCACCAAGUUCCGUUCUCCCCAAGAGGAGUACGCAAAGCGUUUGAUUGUUCCAGAGUUCAUGAAGAGAAAUCCCAUGUACUUCGUUUAGGCAGAAAAGUAAACACAGUUACUCUUUUGCCAAUAAGAACUAAAUUCAAAUAUGAUUAUUCUUUAUCAAUUUUAUAUUUUAUCACAUUUCUUGAACCAUAAUCGUAUAUAUCAUAUGUUGAGGGGCAUACUCUACUGCAUUCAUUAGUAGCAUCGAAGUGAAGUGACAUCUUUAGUGGCUCAAACAGAAUAUGGAAAUUCUUUUAAAUUACUAAAGACAUAUUAUUGUAGCUACAAAUGGAACCAGUUUAGAGGAGCCCUUAUAUUGGGCAUAUUAUACAAUUUUAAAUAAUAAUAAUAAUAAAAUUAAUCAACUUUCUAUGCUGA